UAUAUUGCGUAAAAUAGUGACCUUAUUUUGUAGACUAGCAGAGGUCACCUAAAGUUAUGCACUUUACUUGAUAAGAGCUGGUCUGUAUUUCCAGUGUGCUUCCACCUCAUUAGGAGACCAAACUCUCUUUGUAUAUUCUGUUGAAGAGAUUAGGGUGGAAAAAUGGCUUUUCGGGGCCUCUUCAGACAUGUCUUAAAUCUGAGAAAUACUCUUCUUCAUCAGAAAUGCAGUUCAGUGUGGAGGUUUGGUAACUUCACACGAUUAAUACACCACAGACCCCUUGUGGUUUCCAUCGCCUCUCAAAGCAGAACUGCUUUAACUCGAUGGACACGUCGUUACUGUACCAAAAACAUUGUGGCUGAUCUGAGGCGUAGGGCAGCUCUGAGAUUUUUGGGCCCAAAUUUGGCCUCAAGAUUUUCAAAUGCACCUCGAUUUUCUCGUCCUGGUUACCUUCCUACAUUGGCUCUUGUAGGCUUCUCUUUUCUUAACAGACAUCCUUAUAACAACAGUCCCCAGCAAUUGGGCGAAAUUAUCUCGGACUUACAGACAUCGUAUGAGAAAGAAUCCUCUAAACCAGAUCCAUUGAAAGGAGUGAAUGUUCCAAAGAGCUAUUCAAACAUUGAAUUCUUGAAGUACAUUGCUAAAGGGUGUAAUGGAGCUGUAUUUUCUGCUAAAUGUCGUACAGAAGACAACGAAAGUGAUAUUUCCAACUUGAGUGAGUCUCGUUUGGAUGAGAACCAAAACCAAGAUGGUGCUUGUAGCCAAAACAGUCAGGAAAAUGAGGAACUUGUCAUCAAAUGCCUGUUUAAUUACUAUGUGGAAAGUAAUUAUAAUGAACUGAUAAAAAAGUUUUGGAAUGAAGCUAUUCCAAGUCUUCGUAUCAGUGGACAAGAUGAUAUAUCUGAUAGUGAUCUUGUGAAAAGCAGACUACCUCCACAUCCCAACAUUGUGACCAUAUACAAUGUAUUCCAUGGGAGUCUUCCUGACUUACCUGAAUCUGUUGAGAACUUUAAAUCUGCUUUGCCACAGAAUCUGUAUCCUGAGAGUUUCGGUCGAAGUAUGACAUUAUGUCUGAUAAUGAAAAGAUAUGAGAUGACAUUGAGUGAUUAUCUUCAAACCAAGAAUCCUUCUAUGCGAGUCAGAGUGAUGUUGUUUACGCAACUCUUGGAAGGUAUUCGACACAUGAUUAAACACCAAGUGGCACACCGUGAUCUCAAACCAAAUAAUAUUCUUUUGGAAGAUGUUCCAUCGGAUGAUUCUUCUGAUGCUUGUCCUCAUCUUGUUAUCUCGGAUUUUGGUUGUUGUUUUGCUGGAAAAUCUUCUGGAAUGAUGGUACCAUACGAUUGUGCAAAGGAUGGGAAUGCUGCGUUCCAGGCUCCAGAGGUAUCUCAUGCGAAAUCUCAUGAACUGAUUGAUUGUUCUAAAGUUGAUCUUUGGGCAGCCGGAAUCUUGGCAUUUGAAAUCUUUGGCAUUAAGGAUUUGUUUGAUGUGAGAACAAAAGAAAGGAAAGAAUUUCCUGAUUUCAUCCCACCUGUGAUACAAAGAGUGAUUGAUGGCCUGAUGAUCAAAGACCCUGCUCAGCGUCUUGAUGCCAUCACCGCCUGCAAUAUAUUAAACAUCUAUCUUUGGAACUCGUCCUGUGAUAUGAAGCAGCAGCCGAAAUCUUUUUUACAACAAUUGGCAAAAAGUGAUGAACCAAAGAGUUCUCCAGUUAUCACCUUAAAGGAAAACUUUGUGAAACAUCUCAACAUCAAACUCUUAUUUGAUGCGAUAUCUUUUGCUUAUCCCAACUUCAUGUAUCCUGUAGAUCUGAGGGAAGUUGCACAACAGUUUCCAAAUUAUAACAGAGAAACACUUAUUGUGUCAGAUUAAUUUGGGAUCAGCUUGUGUGUGACAAUUGUACAAAGAAUUAAAUGAAUAUAGAAAAGAAAGCAAACAACAACAAAAAAAAAGAGUAUUUUGAUGAGUUAAAUUUUCUUCAUAAUGUAUGAAAAUUUAAUUAGAAAAUUCCAGUGGAUAUAAAAUGAACAGGUUACCUUUGUUUUUUUUGUUUUUUUAAAAUAUUUUUGGUGUUUAUAUGAAGCAUAAUGAACAAGAAAAUAGGGUACCAAGGAAUCAAACAACUACUUCAUGAAUUUAUAUAUCUAUUCUAAAUGUUUCAUUGUGUCCAUGAGAAAGAUCUCUAAUUCUUCAUACUUUUAGUUGAUUUUCAGUUUGAAAAUAAGUGCCAGAUUUUUCGAGUAAAGUUGCCGGUGAGAGAUGAGCAUCUUAUCAAGAAAGGAAGCUUUGUCUCUUUGCUUCUGUUUAAUGCUACAUAAAACUUUUUUUUUAAUGUUAAAAGCCAGAAUGAUGACUCAAUAUUCUCCCAGGUGCUGUUCAUAUUCUUCCUCCUUUGGCAAUUCAUCUGAUGUCAAAAGGUCAAGUCAGUGGCUUGACCUUUUAGAGUUAACAAUCAAUAAGGUAGUCAAUACUUGAUCUAUAGAUGAGACCAGUGAUCCCAGUUCCUUUCUCCCUGCAUCCACACAAAUUGAAUUCAGUUCUGCAUAAACAAAAAGUCUUCAUGAUUUUCCAAUGCCGUUACUGCUUCCAACAGUGGAUUAUUUGUCUUUUUCGUACGGCCUUACAAUGAGGUCAACUAAAGAUGAUUGAGAAUUAUCUUAUUCGUGGACACAGUGCAGCACCAAUAGCAAUAUAUAAUAUCUUGAUACUGUAGUUCUUUUUCUGUUAUCUUAUUGUCUUGGCCAUGGUGUGUAGAUGUAUAUAUAUAAUUUGCAUGCUAUUCAAAACAUUAAUCAAAAAUUAUUAUGAAUAAAAAAAUAAAACAUUUUAAAAUUUUAUACAUAGAUAUAUAUAUAUAUAUAAACAAUAUAUGAGUAUAUGCAUAUAUAUGUACAUGUAUGUACAUACCUUCAUCUACAUGUACAUAUAGAUACAUAUCUGGGUACAUGACGUUGCAAAAGAACAUGGACAAAAUGAUAAACAAGGUACAACAAACAAGCAGGCCACAUAGAGAACAUAAUACAGUAUGUAAAAUGAAGCUUAUGAACGAGAUCUGGUCCUCCAACUCAUCUUGUUGAAUCCAUGCUAGCAGCAUGGGAAGUGGAUGGGAAAAAUUGCUGAUUAUUCACCAAGAACCUUGUCGCUUGUCUGUCAUUAGAUAUAGUCCAGUCUGCAACAGGUAUGGCCACCAGCAUUGAGAGUGACUAAAAUAUUAAAGUUACACUUAUAACACCACCAGGUAUUUAAAUAAAUGGUUACAGGCAGGUUACUCUUAAUGAAAUUAUAAAUUUAUUUGCUUAUGAUUAUCUAAUAAAAAGUUUAAUUCUCAAUAAAUAUUUUUAAAACCUUGAUGUAACAGAAAACUCAUCUAGGUUUGCUGUUUAAUUCUGUUGUGAUAAAAUUACCUCUGUUAAAUAUAGGACCUGUAUCCAAUCCUUGUCAAAUAAAUGAUGCAUAUCAAAUAAAUACAUAUCAAAAAAAUAAUAAAAAAAGAAAUAAAAAUCAUUGAUUAUUUUUUAUGAAA